AGAUUCAGUAAAAUCAGCAAUUGAUAUAUUUCAUCAUUUCUCUGAUAAUCUUUCCAUGAAUACCAAAACAUCUUUCAUAAGAAACAAACUGAGGACAGUGAACUCCGAGUAUAUGAAGUUUGAAUUUAUAUUUAACUAAUAUUACUGUGCAGAAAAGAUUUUCUUGUUAUUAUAUGUCUUCUCAUUCAUCUAAGAAAUCUCCCAAAGCACUAAGUAUGGAAAUAAAAUCAGGAAAGUUUUUGAACAGUACAAGAAAUAUAACACAACAGGAAGAAGAAAUUUUGAAUACGAGCAUUUCUCUAGCGGCUGAAAAUUAUUCUAAAAUAUAUCCGGAUGCAGCCGUAUGGAAUGCAGAAUUGAUUCAGAGAGUGGUAACUUUAGGCGUAGUAAUGACGCUUACAUUGAUUGGAAACACGAUUAUUGUGUUGGUUCUUUCGAGAUCGAGGUACAGAAAAAGAUCUUCCAGAGUCAAUAUAUUUAUUUUGAAUUUAGCGCUGGGUGAUCUCGCCGUUUGUUGUAUAACAAUGACUUCAGAACUACUAUUCGACGUAUUUGGAGAAUGGGUUUUAGGAGGAGCUGCGUGCAAAAUUAUUGUGUACGCUCAAAUUGUGACUUUGGCAAGCACAACUUUCAUACUUACUACUAUGAGUUAUGACAGAUAUCAAGCAAUUUGCCGACCUUUGACAUCUGCGGGAGGAAUAAGACAAGCCAAAAUUAUGAUAGCCGUAUCCUGGAUAUUAGCCUUCAUCUUGGCUAUCCCUCAGUUGUUUAUAUUUGUUCAGGUAGAAGCUGGAAUUACUGAAAGUGGACGCGUACGAUACGAAUGUGUCAGCCAAGGUUAUACUGCAAUUUGGCAAAGGAAACUAUAUUUUACAUGGCUCACAACAUAUAUAUUGAUUAUUCCGACAUUUUGUAUCUCGUAUUGCUAUGUUAAUGUUCUUAGAGCUAUUUGGGAAGCCGGGAGAGGUUCCCAAACGAUGUCUCUUCGAAGGUCGAUUAAUGCCGCAUCUACCAUACCGAGAGCCAAGAUUAAAACUUUAAAAUUAACAAUAUGUAUCAUUGCCAGUUUUGUUAUUUGUUGGACGCCUUAUUUCGUGGUACACAACAUUCGCAUCUACAGCAAUUAUUCUAUAAAGGUACCCAAAAAAAUUAUAAUUGCCGCAGAAACGUUAGCCCUUUUCAACAGUGCUCUUAAUCCCAUCUUUUACGGAUAUUUCAACGUAAGAGUUCGUAAAGGUUUCAUGGAAAUUAUAUACCGUAAAAAAGAUUUUAAAAGUUGUAUCUCGAGUCAAUCGUAUAGCGGUCACGGAAAUUCUAUAGAAACACGUUGUAGUAAUGGUCCUUCUAUGCCUCAAAACGAAAACAUUACACUUCAAAAUAGACCAACUAUUGAAACUGUAGUUUGUACCUGCGAAGAAAAGGAUCAUUUCGCUACAACUUGUUUGUAAAAGUAUAAACUCGAAGCUACGGAGACUAUUAAUAUUUUACAAUAAGAGACCAUACUUGGUGAAUAUAGAAUUUAUUUAAGCAAUUUCCAGAAUAUAAUUAACAUCGAUAUGUUGUUUUAGAAAUGUAUGUUCAAUAUAACUUUUUUUCUUUAGAAAAUUGUUGUUAAUAAUUUAAAUUUUUAUUCA